CUUUCCCUCCACCCUCAUCAAAACAUAUCAAAAGGAGAUGAACAUUCCUUCGGAAGCCACAGACAGACAAAAGCCUCUCAAAAGACAGCUAUCAAGCAGCUUGAAGUAUCUCUUUCUCUCCCAAAUAAUGUCUGCUAAGCAAGCCCUCCUGAUUACCUCCAUUUUCCUCCUUUCUCUCUGCCUUGAAGGAGUUGCAGCUCAAAGAAGCAGCAAAAUAAUUCGAGCUAAAAGAAAUGUGGUCUUAAAAGGGUUUUACUUUGUCUCUGUAGUCGAGAGUGAAGAUAUUAGCAGUGUCAUAAAAGAACUCACUGACAAGGAAAGGAAUGGAUCCUUCCCCCCUGGAUUCAAAAUGGAGAUCCAUGGAAAUGCAAGUGAAGUUGCUCAUGGUUUCUUUGCAAGAUUCUCCGAAGUUGCAUUAAAUGAAAUAACAAAGAAUGAUAAAGUUGAGUCCAUCUUUGAAGAUCAUAUCAUGAAAGGUGGGAGCGCUCUGCCUUCUCCAGGAGAAGAAGCAACAAACGUAACCACAUCAGCAGCUGCUAAUUCAUCAACUCCUUUCACUCGAAUCGUCACAACGUGGGGUCUAGAUCGAUUGGAUCAAGAUAGCAUCAGAUAUGAUCACCACUAUACUACCCCGUGUGGUUUGACUGGAAAGGGUGUAGAUGUAUACGUACUUGACUCAGGUAUAUUUUACGAACAUAAGGAGUUCCAGGGACGUGCUUCAAGCCCGGGAUGUGACCCCAUUGACCAAAUAUUCAACACUAGCAAGAAUGGAGCCGAUUUCACCGGACAUGGGACUCACGUUGCUGGAACUGUCGGAGGGAAGAAAUUUGGAGUAGCACCUGGAGUGAAUCUGUUUAGUGUGAGAGUCCUUGAUACUCAGAACUCAGGAUCGGCUAAUAGUCUAGUACUGGGGGCAGAGUGUGUCGUAAAAUCAGUCGAAAGAAGAAAACGUCCUUCAAUAGUUAAUCUAUCGAUAUAUGGAGACAAGAACCUCCUAGUGAAGAGAGCACUAGAUACCCUAAUGAGAAAAGGGAUAACAGUCAUUGGUAUUGCUGGGAAUAGUAAAACGAAACCUAAAAACUCCUGCAAGGUUGGUCCAGGCUCAAUACAAGGUAUCAUCACUGCUUCUGCCAGCACUAAAAGUGAUGAGCCCCUCAUGUACUCUAAUGCUGGUACUUGUGUUGAUCUUUAUGCUCCUGGAGCAGAAAUACUCAGUGCCUCGACUAAUUGCAAGAACUGCCGCUCGACUAGACAAGGUUCUUCAAUGGCUGCCCCUCAUGUUACUGGAGCUGUUGCUCUUCUUCUUGAGAAGUGUCCUACUAUGAAGCCAUGGAGAGUGAAGUAUAUUCUGAGGUCACAAAUGACUAAAGAAAAUAAAUUGAAUUUUUCAAGAAUGCCGAGAAUUUAUCAGUCAAUGACACCAAAUUUGCUGUUACAUACUUCUUCACUUCAGUGUGACUUGGAAUGUUAAGAAUUUGAUUUGUAUAAAAAUCAUCAUAAUUAUAAAAAUAAUAUAAGUGACAUUUUGUAUCAUAUGAUUAAUUGUUCUAUUUCAA